UUUGAUCGGUCAGCUGAGCCUGGCUGUCGGGGUGCAUCAGGCCAGUAUGCUGCCGGAGGCGGACGGGGGCGCCAUGAGGAACUUGCAGCCUGAGAGUGUGGAGGACUCCUUGAGUCAACUCCCCAGUCGGUGUCUUGAAACCAGAAAGCGUAAGAGAAGCUACAAGAAGAGGUCAGACACCUAUAGUCACUGGAGUUGGUCCCAGAGGAAUAGAGCAAGAAAACACACGGCACCAGUAAAGGGGUUGGUGUCAUUUGAGGAUGUGUCUGUGGACUUCACCUGGGAUGAAUGGCAGGACCUGGAUGACGCUCAGAGGAAGCUCUACAGGGACGUGAUGCUGGAGACCUACAGCAGCCUGGAGUCCUUGGGCCACUGCAUUACCAAACCUGAGGUGAUCUUUAAGCUGGAACAAGGAGCUGGGCCAUGGAGAGUAGAAGACGUCCCAAAGCAGAGCCCGCCAGAUGUACAGAAAGUAACGGAACUGAACGAAACCAGCCAGGACAAUGAAGAGAGACAUUUGUGGCACCAUGUAAUUACCAACAGCAACACGUCAACAGAGGAGAAAGUUGAAUUAGGAAAAAUAUUUAAUGUGAGCUCAAACUGUGUUUCAAAUCUGACCGUAAAGAAUGGGAACUCCUCAGGGAUGUGGCCUGUGGCACUCGCUGUGUGGCAGAGUGUGCCUCCCCCUAACGAGCCCGAUGUCAUGCGCACUGGAGAGGAAUUUGAUGACUCUCUGACUAGCAAGUCCCCCAUACACGCAAAGUAUUCUGGGUUGUAUAGCAGAGCUCCAGGCACUCGACAGCAGUUUCAGUGUUGUAGGCAAGAAGUGACCUGCAACACAAAGGCAUUAUGGGCCAAGGAGAGGUUUCACAUUGCACAUGGGUCCUGUAAGUUUGGCGAGUCUGAGAAAGAGCCUGAUGAGGUAGCUCUUCAUGCCCAAGACGUGAGCUGGGUAUGGGAAGAAACUUUUGAGUGUAGUGUUUGUAAGAAAACAUUCUGUACAAAGUUUGAGCUCACUAAACACAAGAAAAUACACAAAGGACAGCACUAUUACACUUGUAGGGAUUGUGAGAAAACCUUCAUUAAGGAAUCAUACCACACAGACCAGAGGAUACAUGCAGGAGUCAGGUCCCAUAGAUGUAAACAAUGUGAGAAAUGUUUUCAUCAGAAAAAUCAGCAAAAUGUGCACCAGAGAGUCCCCAGAGGAGCCCAACUCUGUGAAAUGUAUCAGUCUGAAAAAAGCUUUAGUGAGAAGCCAAAUUUCAGACGCUAUCAGAGGACCUGUGCCGGUUAUAAACCCUACGGAUGUAACAUGUGUGGGAAGUCAUUUUACCGGAAGUCACACCUUGGCAGGCACCAGAAAAUUCACACAGGUGAGAAACCCUAUGGUUGUAAAGAGUGUAAGAAAACUUUCUACCAUAAGUCCUCCCUCACGAUACAUCAGAGAACUCACACUGGUGAGAAGCCCUAUGAGUGUACAAAAUGCAGGAAAACUUUCUACUGUAAGUCGGACCUGAAUAUCCACCAUAGAACUCACACUGGCGAGAAGCCAUACGAGUGUGAUGAAUGUAGGAAGACGUUCUACUCUAAGUCACACCUCAUUAUACAUCAGAAAAUACACACAGGCGACAAGCCGUACGAAUGUGAGGAGUGUCAGAAAGCCUUCAGUCGUAAGUCAAACCUUACCGUGCAUCAGAAAACACACACGGGGGAGAAACCUUAUGAGUGCAAUGUAUGUGGGAAAACUUUUUACCGGCGGUCACAUCUCAACAUGCACCAGGGAACUCACACUGGUGAGAAACCCUUCGUAUGUGAAGAGUGUGGGAAAGCCUUCUACCAGAAGUCGAGCCUCAGAAGACAUCAGAGAAACCACACGGGGAGUAGACCGUAUGUAUGUGGAGAAUGUAGGAAAACCUUCCUCCAUAAGUCCUCCCUCACUGUCCAUCAGAGAAGCCACACAGGCUAUAAGCCAUACUCGUGUGAGGAGUGCAGGAAAACGUUUUACAGUAAGUCACAUCUCACCGUUCAUCAGAGAACCCACACAGGCGAGAAGCCCUAUGAGUGUAAGCUAUGCAAGAAGGCUUUUCACCAGAAGUCAUACCUUAACCGGCAUCAGGUAACUCAUGAAAGUGAGAAACGAUUUGAAUGUCAAGAAUGUAGGAAAACAUUUUAUCACAAGUCGUCUCUCACUGUACAUCAGAGAAUCCACCUGAGGGAGCUCCUGUGAGUCUUAAGUGGGAAGCUCUGUCAGCAGAAACCAUCAGCAGGCACCAGACAGGGCACGCAGAGGCCAUCUCCUAUAAAUGUCACAGUGUGGACAAGGUUUUUGCAAGAAAGGACACCUUUGCAGGCGCUAAACUUACACAGAAAAUUCUGUGUGGCACAAGUUGGCUGUCUUCUCUGGAACAUAGUCUCCAUUAUGAGGGUCUAUGUGAUCACAUAACACAUACACACACACACACACACACACACACACACACACACGAGAUGAUCACUACUUUCAGUCAGGCCCACAGAAAUAGUUUUUUUCUUCCUCCCUAAGUUCUCAUGAGCUCUGUGUCUGAGAUGAAUGUGACCUGUAAGAUAGCCUUGACAUCCAUUGUCAGAAAGUCCCCCAUUUAAGAGAAAAGAACUGACUGGAAAUCGCUCAUUUUUGUCCCCAAAUACUCUUUUUUUUUUUUUCUCAGUUUGAGAAUUAUAUUCUCAAACCAUUGUGCAUGGUGCUUUUGUAAGAAUGCACUAACUCAAUUGGGAGAACUUAAUGCUCGUUAAUAUUUCAGAGUUUGUACAUAAGGGAAACUUGUGCAAAUUGAGAAAGUAUCAGAGACAUUUCAUUGAACAAUUUGAAUAAAUCAAAUAUGAAUAAGUUGACAGGUGAAACUUUGAACAAAACUUCCAUGUCAGAAGUUAGUAAUGAAGGAAAACUAUCAGUCUUUGUAAUUUUAAUAUUCGCUUUCAAAUGGAGUCACACAUGCGCCAAUAAAUAUGUGAGUGAUAUUAUUGUCUGUGAGAGCACAUUGUGCCUGGGAACAUUUGCAGUUAUUGGAACUGGAGGUUGCAGUAAUAGGGGCCAGCCAUGUUUUUUAAACAGCUUGUACUGCACCAAACAUUUCCUUAUUCACCUACAUAUUUGGAUAUUUUAUAUUAAUGAAAAAUUCCUUGGUGGGACCUAGAUUAAUUACAGGAAAUGUGUUCGCUGUGUAUAUAUGUCUUGCUUUGUUAAACAGGGACUGAGGUACGCAUGUAGCCCAGUGGUAAAAUGUGUGUGUAACAUUUCAUGAGACCCUGGUUUCAGCCUCACCACAUACAUGCAUAAACUAAAACCUAAAAAUCUCCACAUCAAAUACCAUUCUAGCAUGUGUUCAUAUUUUCUCAAAUAUUGUCCUAUGCACCUUCCCCAUUUUGUGCCAGUGCAAAUAAGUAUGUGUGGGCAUUGCUAUUUAACCAUCCCUUAGGUAAGCAACACUUUUUCUAGUGUGUGACACUAAUAUAAAGCCUGCCAGUUGAGCUAAUGGAAAUACUAUCCAUGUAGAAAUGAACAAAUGAAGUCUCUGAAUUGUUCACAGUUGACACUUUGAGAGCCACGAACAACAGUUCUUAUGUCAGCUUCAGUGCUCUUGUGAGCAACAAUUCAUUGUCCAUUUAUCAUCCUUCAUAUGAAAGUGUUGAACAGAAGUGGUCUGUUUUAACUUACCUAGCUCUCAGUGAACACUGCUGUGUCACUGACAGCACAAGUCUUUUGUCACUACACAUUUUGUUUUAGCUCUAAAGAUGUUUUUACCCUACACUUA